AUGAAGAAUUCUACAAAUCAGAAACUUCAACAACAAUUUCACGAGGCGGAAGUGGAGUUGGAAAAAAUACUAUCAGCCGACAUUGAGAAUUUGGAUGAAGUUAUGAUAGAGGAAGAAGAGCUGGAGCAACAGCUACAUGUAUUUUCUCAAGAAUGUGAUGAAGCCGCAGUUGAAUUGUCGAAAUUGGAUGAGGAAAAUGAGAAAAUUGUGGAUAAAGAACGGAUGCUUGAUGAGAAAAUUAUAAUCAUGAAAACAGAAUUGGAAAAUCUGACAGCGCUUAAAAGAGAUGACCCUGAAAUUUUCUCGUCUCAGUAUAACAGUAUUCGUGAAAGCCUACAGGCAAAGAUAAAUGAAAAGGUAAGUGCGUUGCAAGAUGAAAUCAGACGAGUGCAAACAGAACUGAAUUGCGUGGAAAAUGAGCAUGCUUCUUUAAUGAUGUAUCUCGGUGAUGAACAGCACGAUUGGUCACAGGAGAUUGAAAACGCUAUUGCCGCAUGGAAACAUUUGGAAGAAAUGAUAACUACAGAAAGAAAGGCGUCUGCUGCCCUUCGCAGCAAGAGGAUGGAAAUUGAUAUGGAAUGCAAUCGAUUAGAAAUGGAAACCAAUGUUCUUCGCGAAAACAAUAAAGCAGAAAUGACACAGCACGAAACUGAAAUUAGCGACCUUCAAAAGUAUCUUGAAAAACUAAUUGCCAAGGAGAAAGAGGAAACGCAACGUUUUGAAACGAUUCGCAGUCGUGCAAAAUUAACUGCUCACUCUGUAAAACAUGCAGAUUUACGGGAUGCUUGUAAUCCGGACACUUCUGACUUUGGCGAUCCAUCAUCAGAUGAUUUUAAGAAAAAUGUAGCUUCAAGACCUCAGUGGAUCACUACACUUGAUAAUGUGACAAGAACAUUGUUUGAUAAGACACCCACUGCCAGGAAAUUUAAAGAUGAGCAUGCUGUAGAUUCGGAGGGGACAGGAAAAAUUCCAAGUGAUAUCCAUGUCAAUCAAAUGGAUAAAGCUGAUUCAAAUGUUAACGAAGCAUUUAAAGCGGAUACAAACCUAGGACACUAUUACCCGCUGCCACCAUCUGCCUUCGGAAGCCCGCUAUCAACAAAUGAUUCACCAGAUGUUACGACAGACUGCGAAAUUAGCGGUUCUGAACUUGAUCAGAGUGUGUGGUCAGAUUUCUCAUCAGUGGUGAAAUAG